UUCUCUUCAUCUUCACUCUAUUCCUCUUUAUCCAUAACCCUUCCUUUCUAAUUCUUAAUAUUUUGUUCUUAUAAAUACCCUUUUAAACCUCCUCCAACUUCCCAUCAUCAGAACUGAUCAUCUUUCAAACUUCCCGCUACUUACUGAUCAAUAACUCAUAUUAUUAAACCCCAUUCUUAAUUAUAGUUUCUCAGCUUCUGCUUAUUUUCUCCUUUCUUAUUCAGAAAAAUUAAUUUGUAAGCACAUAUGGCAAGUUUAUUCUUCUUGAUUUUCUUUGCCUUGUACGUUAACUCAUCAUUUGCCACUGAUAACUAUAACGUGUUGAGUUAUGGAGCUAAACCGAAUGGUAUAACUGAUUCCACAAAGGCCUUUCUCGAUGCAUGGGCUGCUGCCUGUGGCUCUACUGAUUCCACCAUGAUUUAUGUACCCAAAGGAAGAUAUUUGCUGGGCUCUAUGUCCUUUAAAGGUGGCUGCAAAAGUCAUUCUAUCACCAUUCGGAUUGAUGGCACUCUUGUAGCGCCAGAGGACUAUCUCAUUCUUGGUAAAGCUACCAGUUGGCUUAGCUUUGAAGGAGUCGAUGGCGUUUCCAUUAUUGGUGGGGCACUUGAUGCUAAGGGUUCAACCUUGUGGGAUUGCAAAGCUAAAGGCACCGACUGCCCUACUGGAGCUACGACACUAAGGUUUACCAACUCAAACAACAUAAGGAUUAAUGGCUUACUGUCAUUAAACAGCCAAAUGUUCCACAUUGCCAUCAAUGGCUGUCAAGAUGUGCACGUUGAAGGUCUCAAAGUAAUAGCUUCCAGGGACAGCCCAAAUACAGAUGGUUUCCACGUUCAAUCAUCCAACAAUGUUGUGAUAAUGAACUCUGUAAUAAAAACCGGCGAUGACUGUAUCUCCAUUGGCCCUGGCACUAAGAAUUUAUGGAUCGAAGGGGUCAAAUGCGGUCCUGGUCAUGGUAUCAGUAUUGGAAGCUUAGCUUGGACCUUAGACGAAGAAGGGGUUCAAAAUGUGACAGUCAAAAGAACCAUUUUUGCAGACACCCAAAAUGGAUUCAGGAUAAAGUCCUGGGCUAGACACAGCAACGGUUUUGUUCAGAGGGUUCGAUUCAUGGGUGCUAUUAUGCGUAAUGUUCAGAAUCCCAUAAUUAUUGAUCAACAUUAUUGUCCUCACAAUAUAAAUUGUCCUAAUGAGGUAUCAGGCAUAAAAAUUGGUGAUGUGAUAUAUCAAGGCAUUCGAGGAACGUCGGCUACACCAGUUGCUAUAAAGUUUGAUUGCAGUUCCAAGUAUCCCUGCAGCGGCAUAAAAUUGCACAAUGUAAAUUUGACAUAUUCGAAUCAAGUGGCUCAAUCAUUUUGUGCCAAUGUGGUUGGAAGGACAAUUGGCCUAGUCCAACCUGAUGGUUGUUUGUAAAUAGAAAAUCCAACUUUUGUAUUUAAAUAUUUUUUAUACCAUUCAUUUAACAUCAUGGGUAGAUGUACAAAUAUUUAAAAAAAAAAUAUUUAUUCAU